AGAAAGAAGAAGGAGAAGAAGGAGAAGAAGAAGAAGAGAAGAAGAAGAAGAAGAAGAAGAAGAAGACGAUGAACAAAAAUACAAUGAACGGUGGAAGAUAAUUGAAGUGCAGAGCGGUUGCCAAGGCGCCCGGGAUUUGGCGUAAUGCAUCCUAGCAACAAAGCCUCUCUUGGUUUUUUUUCGACAGUGUGAUAGAAAUCACAUCCAUUGAGCAAAGGGCUUUGUGCCCCAGACGCCCGAGAGAAGGCAAGGGUCAGAGAGAGAGAGAGAGAGACAGAGACAGUGAGAGAGAGAGAGAGACAGAGAGAGAGAGAGAGAGAGGGGGGUAUUUGCACAAGUAGGUAGACACAAGCAAAAGACCUGACCGAUGUAGCCUUUCCAUCUGUGUGUGGCUCAGUGAUUUGCCGAUAUAUUUGUGUGUGUGUGUGUGUGUGUGUGUGUGUGAGAGUGUCUGUACUCUCUCUCUUUUGCUGUUUCUAUGGCGAUGGCGAGGACGCGCAGGAAGAGAGGGAGGCGGGGACGAGCCUUUUCCCUCUCCUGCCUUGUGCUGUAAUCUGCGUUUGUGCAAAAAAUAAAAGUGAUGUCCGGGUGGAGAAUGUAAGCCUGAUUUUAGUGAACAUGUCUCCUCUUUCCGCUGCCGGCUCUUGCCGUUGGUUUGGACAGGCGCCGUCAAGAUACAAUAGACAAGGGAGGGCUGACCUCCAAGGAUGAAAAUGGGGAGUGCGUUUCAGAAGGUUGCUUCUGCCUUUUCUUGCAGCUUGGAGGAUGAACUGAGCUGUGUUUCGACCGACAUGAGUGAAAUAAUGGCGGACAGGAUGCUGGACGCCUGCUACAAGAAAAUAAAAAGACUCCCGGUCCCGAUCUGCUCCUUUACCUAUGUUGAGAAACUGUACAUCAGCAACAACAGGCUGAGGGAACUUCCCGAUGAGUUUGAACAGCUGGUCAACUUAAAGAUCUUAGCACUGGAUUUUAACAAAUUUGAAGACGUGCCUAAAGUAGUUUGCAAUAUGCAGAACCUGACUCGUCUCUACCUUGGUAGUAAUAGAUUAAUGACAAUCCCACCAGAGUUCAGCAAUCUAGAAAACCUCAGGUGUCUAUGGAUCGAGAGCAACCACUUCAGAAAGUUUCCCAAACAGUUAAUCAAUAUGCCCAGUCUGAAAUCACUUCAGAUGGGGGACAACAAGCUAAAGACUUUACCUGAGGAUCUGGUGAGAUUCAUAAACCUGCGCGGAUUUUGGUUGUAUGGGAACAGGUUUGAGGAUUUCCCGAAGGUGCUACUGAAAAUGGAGUUCCUCGAAAUCCUCGACAUGGACAAGAACAAGAUCGCGGACUUCCCCGACAUGGAUCAUCUUUUGAGGCUUAAGGUCUUCUCCUACGACCACAACCCGGUCAAAUAUCCACCCAACGUGGCGGAUGGGGUGACGCUGGUGGGCGAAGGGGCGGCGGACUUGCUGGCCUUCAGGGCCCAAGAGAAUGAGGCCAAUGAGGAAGAGCAGGGAGGCCUGAACAGUAUCCUGAAAAACGGCUCGACGGGACUGGAAACAGAGGGCAGCUUCUCGGCACUGGAAUGCUCUCAGGAGGAGACAUGAAGCGGGCUUCAGAAUCCGUCCUUGGAAUAUAACACAAUGAAGCUCCUAGUGACAGUCUUGUGAGGUUGGGUUCGACACGCCCUGGACCAGGAAAUCAAUGGACCAGGCAACUAGGGUUAUGUUGGCUGAAGCAAUCAGCACUGGGUGAACUUAUGUAGAACACACACACGCACACACACACACACUAAAAACAAGGAAAGUUGGUCACUUCUUUAUGUAACACGAUUUGUGUUGGAUUUACAAGCCUUUUAAAACAGCAAGGGCCUAUCCAACGAAAGAUCAACAGAAUUACCAGCUGAUUGUGUAAUAGUGUGGUGCCACAUAACAAUGUAGGACCCAACUAUCACCAGGGUAACACACAAGAAUGCCUGUGACCCCUGAAAUACUGUGGUAAGACCUUUGCAAUACUGUACUGGGAAAUGUCUCUCGAGACGGUUGUGAAAUGAUAAUAACAACAGUGUUAAUGUUACCGCAGUAUUGAAAGACGGAAGGGUGUGUUUUCUUAUUGCAAUAAGAUUUGGAAUGGCAGUUACAUGUUUAUUAAUAAGUGGCUCUUACUAAUAAAUUUGUAAUGUGUUCAACAAAAAUAACAUGUCAGUAGAAUGUGGUUACUCUUUGGAAAGAGAUCAUAUUCACAAAAGUCAUUUAAUGCCGUGUAUCAUCUUGAAAAUAAAGAUGCAUCUGUUUACAUUAAAAUAAUUCAGGAGGAGUUAAAAAUACCAAUUUAUCUAUUUAUUGUGGCCAGAUGGGAGUGUAGGUGGUGGGAAUAAUAAUGGGGGAAUGAGAAUGAGAAAAAUAAUGCAC